AGGCUACUCGUUGGCAGAGAAGCGCCCGACUUCUUCGACACGAGCCGCACAGACUACCGCAGCAUCAGCAUAUGAUUUUAUUGGAGGGCUUUUUUCCCUACUUCUUCUUCUUCAUUUCCCUUCCCCCUACACCGGCAGCAAAAAGCCAAGAAGAGCUGAAACAGGACCCCUUCUUCUUAAAACAAAUGAGAACUCUAUGACAGUCGGACCUUUUUCAUUUGGUGUGCCUGUUAUUCAUAUGAAACGUGCAGGAUUUAUUUCCUUUAUAUAUUUUUCUUUUUUUAACGUUUUACCAGUUUUCUUUACCUGAAGAAACUGUUUACUUAAAAUACUUGGACAAAUCGGUUGCUUUUCUUGGCGGUCGGAGUUUUUUCAAAUACUUUUCAGACUUUGCUCAUCUCACUAUCUGGGCUGUGAUAUAAAGACAACUGCAACUAAAAAACGCAGUUUCUCUGGUCGUUUGCGUUUCUUUUUUUGUUGUAUACUGUACGGAGUUCAAGACUGGAACUUAUCUGUGUGCCUACAAUCUAGUGACGAAUGGUGGGAAUUUCUGUCCCCUUCCAGUAUCGCACUGAGAAGCACUCCACCAUGCCAGAUUCACCUGCUGAUGUGAAGACACAAUCCAGGUUGACUCCACCCACAAUGCCACCUCCUCCAAGUACCCAAGGAGCUCCAAGGACCAGCUCUUUUACCCCUACUACAUUAACAAAUGGCACCAGUCAUUCUCCCACAGCAUUAAAUGGAGCUCCUUCACCCCCAAAUGGCUUUAGCAAUGGGCCCUCCUCAUCAUCUUCAUCUUCUUUGGCAAAUCAGCAGCUGCCACCAGCCUGUGGUGCACGACAGCUUAGCAAACUGAAGAGAUUUCUCACUACUUUACAGCAAUUUGGAAAUGACAUUUCACCCGAAAUUGGAGAGAGGGUGCGCACCCUAGUCCUAGGACUAGUGAAUUCUACUUUAACCAUAGAAGAGUUUCAUUCAAAACUCCAAGAAGCUACCAAUUUCCCUCUGCGACCCUUUGUCAUUCCAUUUCUAAAGGCUAAUCUUCCAUUGCUUCAACGAGAACUUCUUCAUUGUGCACGUUUGGCAAAGCAGAACCCAGCUCAGUACCUCGCUCAACAUGAGCAGCUGCUCCUUGAUACCAGCACCACCUCACCUGUUGACUCCUCCGAACUUCUGCUUGAUGUAAAUGAAAAUGGCAAGAGGAGAACACCAGACAGAACCAAAGAGAAUGGCUUUGAUAGAGAGCCUUUGCACUCAGAGCAUCCCAGCAAGCGACCCUGCACUAUUAGCCCUGGCCAACGGUACAGUCCAAAUAAUGGCUUAUCAUACCAGCCCAAUGGUCUGCCUCACCCUACACCGCCUCCACCUCAGCACUACCGUUUGGAUGACAUGGCUAUUGCUCAUCACUACAGGGACUCAUAUAGACACCCCAACCACAGGGAUCUCAGGGACAGAGCAAGACCUUUGGGGAUGCAUGGUGCACGUCAAGAAGAAGUGAUUGAUCACCGUCUUACAGACAGAGAAUGGGCAGAAGAGUGGAAGCACCUUGACCAUGUAAGAAAACUUCUAAACUGCAUUAUGGAUAUGGUAGAAAAGACAAGACGGUCACUCACAGUUCUGAGGCGGUGUCAAGAAGCUGACCGAGAAGAGCUGAACUACUGGAUCAGGCGGUAUAGUGAUGCAGAAGACCUCAAGAAAGGCACUAGACAACAGAGCCCUGUCAACCCUGAUGCAACACUCUCAGAAACACAUCGAGAGCUCCUUCACAGACCUACAUCUGGAUAUGUUCCAGAAGAGAUCUGGAAAAAGGCUGAGGAAGCUGUAAAUGAAGUGAAGAGACAGGCAAUGUCAGAACUGCAGAAAGCUGUGUCAGAGGCAGAAAGAAAAGCCCAUGAAAUGAUUAGCAGAGAAAGGGCAAAGAUGGAGCACACAGUUUCUGAAGCUAAGCGUCAAGCUGCUGAAGAUGCUUUGUCUAUUAUUAAUCAGCAGGAAGAUUCAAGUGAAAGUUGUUGGAACUGUGGGCGCAAGGCAAGUGAAACAUGCAGCGGCUGUAACACAGCAAGAUAUUGUGGCUCCUUCUGCCAACACAAAGACUGGGAAAAACACCACCACGUAUGUGGACAGACAUUACAAGCACAACAGCAAGGGGAGACCCCUUCAGUAGUUGGUUCCUCUGUGACCCCUAGCAGUGGAGCUGGAAGUCCUGUUGACACACCACCCACUGCCACACCCAGAUCAACAACUCCAGGAACACCUUCCACAAUAGAAAACACCCCUCGUUAAAAAAAGAUUUUAACUUGCAACAAAUAUUCACCACAAUAACUGCUCUAAGAUUAUAAACUAUACUACAAAGAAAAGGAACUUGUCUUGAAGGAAAAACAAAAGGCCAGUAAUGGGUCAUAUUGACUUACUAUUAAGAAAAGCAAAGAUAUUCGUUGUUCUUUUUAUUCUUGUAAAAUGAUGAAAAUAAAAACUGAAUAGACAUCAAAGAAUAACAAAAAAGUAGGUUUGACCUCUUCCCCUCUGUUUUUCCAGUAGCUGGGAUUUUAAACUAGAUGACCUCAUUAAUAGACGCUUUACCAAACAGCAAACCAAGGGACUGCUAAUUGCUGUUGAAAGCAAAAAUGCUAAUAUUCAAAUAUAAAAAAGGGACACAUUGUUCUUUGUAACCAUAAUGAAAAAAAGAAGGAAAAAAGAAAUCAAACCCCUAAAGGGCAUGAGCAUUGGUUAGACAUUCUAACGAGAAGAUGAAUGGCGUCUGUGGGUGACUGACUGAACUUUGAAGACCUGCAAUGAAAUGCACAGAUGUUCAGCAGAUUGGAAAAAAAUCACAGAUGUUCAUUCUUAUUUUAACUUCUGAAGAAAAUAUAACAACAUCCAGGUCAGCGGAGUGAAAAAUGAAAGCUGUUUUUGGUGGGACGUAUGGAAGCAACAGCCACAGCAGCAACAAAGGGAAGAAAAUGCCAUAAAUAUUAAACGAGGCUUUUGUUGAACAAUAAUGAAAUAAUGCAGAUGAGUAAAAAAUAAAUAUGUAAGGAACACAGCCUGCAGGUGAUUAGCAUUUUUCGCCAGCUUUCGGAUCAGCCAGCUGCCCCUUAUAACUCUACAGCAUUGCUUCACUUUUACAAAGUUCCAUAUAGUGAGACAAUCAGGACGUUUCCUGCUCAUUAUAACAACAUCGGACAAAAAACAAGAAAGGUACAUUACCACCACCUUGGAUACAGUUCCGGCCCAUUCAUUUUUUGGCACCUCAUACUUUUUUUUUUUUUUUUUUUUUUUUUUUUUUUAAAUCCUCUUGGUGUUAGCCCCUUCUGUCCUGUGAGGUUCCCAAUGGUGAUUUUCUUGUACAUGUGUUGGACAAAUGUGAAGAUGCAUUGUAGUUUAUUCAUUACCCACCAUUUUAGUCUCCUAAUUCUUAGAUGGUGAAGAAUAAAACUGUAAUCUUUCUAUGCUGCUUUUAUAUUUGUUGUAUUAGUGAUAUUUCUCAAGUAGUUCAAAAACAGAGAAAGACAACAAUGGAAACCUUAUUUUUCUUUUUGUCGUCCUCAAGUAAAGAAAAAGCUAUCUCUCUGAGCUGCUAUUUCACUCUGUUAGGAUCUUUUCUGAGAAUUAGCAUGCUUCACGGAAUGCUAACAUGUUGAUGUUUUGUACAAGGGAUGUACAUAAUUGUAUUUUGCACUGUCACAAAGACUCCCUAGGCAUGCUUUUUGGCAAACUCUCUAUUAAGUAUGCUAGAGCCAUUUUCACCAGUUUUAUCUGUAGUUGUACAGUACCUGUGAAUUUCAUUUUUUUUCUCUGCAGAAUAAUUCAAACCUCACUGUCAUUAGUGAUGUUUUGUAGACAUAUAACAACUUCAUAAUGUUUAACAAAAUAAAAUUAGGACAGUGCAUGCAUAUCACUGCAAGGUUGUUGAGUAUUGCUGUUUUUACAAAAUAAAUAAAAUGAUUAAAAAGGAAAGUAAACUCUCCAAAUGCUGAGGUGUAGAUUGACAGCUUUAACACUGCUGAAUGCAAGGUUAUACAGUAUUACAAGAAUAUUAAAGGGAAGUCAGCCAAAGACCGAUCCGAAGGACCAAAAUCUAAUUUUACUUAAGAAAAAAAAUACACACACACAUAAAAUACUCUGUAAUCAUGGGAAUUUAUUUCUUAGUUUCUUACAAAUGAUCAGCAGGUGAACCAGUUUCCACAUUGUUUUUAACUGAAGAUAAAAUUAACCCUUUACUGUCUAGAACUCAGAACUGCUAAACAGCCUGAGACAACAGCACUAAAGACAGGACUCCUGUGUAGCCAUUUAGCUCUUUUUGCUAAUAAGGAAACUUUUGCAUCUAAGCAAUAAUUUCUAAAGUAACUCAACCCCCACCACAUGUACACGCACACACACACACGUUACAUUGGUAAACUUAAUAAUUAUUUGCUUGAUUAACUGAUAUCAAUCAUGUUGCAUUUUUCAUUCAUGGCUUAUUUGACUGCCUCAUAACAGAAGUGGUUGAGCAAGUAUUUCUACUUUAGAAAACUACAGCCAUUAAAAUAAUGAAAUGUUCUAGAUGGCAUUCCAUACAAUAAGUAUAUUUUCAUAUUUGUCAAUAGUGAUUUGUGUCUGCCAGCCAAAGACCUUGCUUCCCUUCAAGUUACAAGUCUGGCUAAGUUGCAAGCACAAUGCAAACUACACUCCAGAUUUCAUAUUGUGUCCAAAAUCUGCAAAUCUACAUUUUACUUGCUAUGACCUACCACACUGGUGCAUAUUUACGAUAGAUUAAUAUGCCUCCAAAGGCAGAAAAUCAGCAGAAAGAAGACAUACCAUAUGUUCUUUAUGGUCUUAUAACAUGGUGCUAACAGAUUAGUUUUUAACCUCACUCCCGUUUCAUGUCUUUGGCUUUGGGACAGUUUGACUCUGGGGGAUUUAUCUCUUAAAGUAAUUUUUGUAGAUCCUCACCAAUUUACCCCAGACUGUGUUCUUGACUAUAAAGGGUUAAAUAAUCCAAAAAGGUGUCUGACACCAUUUAUGUCUCAGAAGCUGUGAUUUAAUGUGAAACAGCAUUGCUGUUUUAACACUAGUGUAUUGUAUAAUUUAAAAAAGGGAUUAAUUCUUCAUGUUGCUUAAAUUCAGGGCACCCUGGGUGAAACAAAAGUGAAUAAAUAACUAAUACUAGAAAGUGACUCUUUGAGCUCAACCUCCUCCUCUCUCUUCUGUUUUGCUACAACCUCCUCAGUGGCAAAAAGUUUCACUCUACCUCUGACAGCAUGUAUAUUGCACCAGUAAUGUAUCUAGUUACUGGUCUAGUCAAACCAAAUGGGCACAAGAGAACAGGAUACCAAAACUUAAAGCUCAUACAGCUGCAAACCAUAUCACUUCUUGGUAACAAUGCAGACCUCAUAAAACUAAAAAAAAAAAAACAAAACAAAAAAAAAACAAAAAAAACUUUUGUUACUUUCAUUAAUGCUUGUCACUUAUAUACAGAUUAUGUGAAAAGUAUAAUUUGUAGUUCUAACACAUUUACAAAAAAGUUAUUGACUCCAUUCGAUGAAAUUUACAAAGCGGUCGCUGAAAAGAAAUAGGGCGUCCUCGAUAUCACUAUUCUCUAUCUCUCUCUCACUCUCUCUCUCACUCUCUCACUUUUUUCUAAGACCACCCACCCC